GCUCUCGCUCUCUCGCUCUCUCUCUCUCUCUCUCUCUCUCAUUACCGUUCUUUAUUAGUCAGCUAUCCUGCCCACCCUUCUGAAAAUCUUUUCGUUGCUAUUUCUACUUCUUCUUCUUCUCCUUACUUCUGUCCAUUUUCACUCUUUCAUUCUUGAUACGUUUUCUUGUUCUUCAACAUGCCGCUUCCAUGGAGGAAGACCAAGAUCACUCGUAUCUCCCAAAUCGUCGCCGAUCUUCACUCUCCCAAACACGGCGGCUCUCUUGUGGUUGAAACUGGCUUCCCCACUUCUCUCAUUGACCUCUUCGUCAAGAAUCGAAGCCGUUUCCAGAGACGGAGCUCUAAGAAACACCUCCCCUUAGAAAUCUCCGAUCCUCAACCUCUGUUGCCGGCUCCUCCGCCGUCGCCGUCGAGUUUAGCUACUAGUUUGAGGGUUUCUCCAGCAAGAUUCGGUGAUAAAGCCGUUCACGAAGAUAUUGAUGGAGGUCCGUAUUGCGGUAGCAGUUCUAUUCCGGUCGGCGAAUGCCAAAGCCGGUCUGAUGCGACAGCAUCGACGAAGCGAUCGAAUUCAAGAAAUAUCGUGGAGGUCUCUGUUGAGACGAGGGACUCAGAGGCUCACUCGAGCUGGUUGGUUCGAAAAGACGCUCAUAAACACGUCGACGGAGGCGGUAAUUCGGGUCGGGUUCUUGAUCGGGUUUGCAUAACCGAACCGAAUGUGAUUCUGGCUGCAAUUUUGAAUUUGUUUGCGGUGGUGGUUUUGAUGUUGUGGGUAAAGAAGCUCAGCGUUGGGAUUAUUUUGUCGGCAUUUGUGUUGCUAUUUUUUGAGUAUGUUGGAAAACAUACGGCUUCUUGCUUGAAUUUGAAGCUUUUCUGGAGUACGAACAAGGAAUUCAAAUAUCUGGCCUCAAGAUUUUCUUGUUCCUUUUGGUUUCAAGCAAAGAAAAUGCAGAGUUAUGAAGGCUCAGAACAAGAGUCAAUGGUUCAUGAAGAAGAAAAGGUAGUAGUUCAAGCUACAGAGAGUGAGAUCGAGAUUCAUAAUGAACUCAAAUCUAUCAACGGAGACCAGAAAUUGGUUUGUCCAGAAAUUGAAGACAACGACUCAAACAAGAAAGUAGUUGAUGAAUGUAAAAUUUCUGAAGGUAAAAGAAAAGGUAAACACAGGGCUGAAUUGAAAUCCAAGAUGAUGAAGAUCCUUGUGCCUAGGAAGUUGAGAGCCCCAAAGAAAGAGAAGAAAGAAAAGAGAAAUAAGAACAAAAUGGCGGAGUCAACAAGUGAAGCUUUGACCACCAUAGAAGGAGUAAAGUCAGCAAGUUUUGAGAUAGAAGAUCAAGAAAAGAUGAUCCAAAGAAGUAAACUGGAGUGUAUAGAAGAAGAUGAAGAAAAGCCUGACUAUGGAACAACUUGUUCCAUUGUUGAAUCUGCAAGAACAGACAAUGAUGGGAAUUCAGAAUGCAUUGUACUGAUUCUAAUUGCUCUUUCUGGGCUUGUGGGAGGAAGAACCAUAGCAGUUUUAGUUACAAUGGCUGGUUGUUUCAUGAUAAAAAUGGUGAAGAAGAUCAGAGGGAGAUUACUGAAUCUGUCUCUGAUCAAAGUGUCUUUGUAUCAAUCUAGUGAUAAAAGGAGGUGAAAAAUGAGGUGUGUUUCCGUGUUUGGUGAAACAUACCCUAAUUUUCUUUAUUCUUUUGCUCUUUUUAAUGGUAGUUGCUAUAAUGUGCAUACGACUGACGAAGUUUCUUGUAACUCCAACCAUUUGUUGGGAAUCCAACGCGGUGCUUGUCUUGUAUACUCAAAUGUAAAUUCAUAUAUACUUUCUUUAUAUUUGUCAUUAUUAAUUGCAGCCUCUCGUUCCUAUUGGAAGAUUUAAGCCCAUAA